AUGGCUGGCAUGUUCCAGAUCGCACUCGACGCCCAGGAGCCUCUCAGAUUGGAUCUCUAUGGGUUCCAGGAUAUGGAAUACGAGGAUGAAGAUUACGCCCUGCGCUGCCUAGUAAAGGAAGGGAGUGUCGGAGAGAUACUAGACCUUUAUGACGAAACUCGCCGGAGAAUUAAUACUUGGGGCCAAUGGACUUCUGGAAUAUUUAUGUCAGAAGUGGUUCGCGCAAUCCUUGUUCAUGAGAAGACACCCAGACACUAUGUUAGCAGCUUGGGUGACAUACUACCACAAGUCUUUAGCGAGCAUAUCGCCAAGCCGCUUCUGCGGAUGAUCGGCAAUACGUCUGACAACUGCCAGGGCCCGAGCGAGAAGGACAAAAAGAGACGAUGUGAGAUUAGAGAUAUUCUUGAUUGUGACAAGAGGCGCAAGGCAGAGAUCUAA